AUGGUUAGGAACAUUGUUGUGCUGGGAGGGUCCUCCCAUCCACAGCUUAAUGAAACGAUAUGUGAGCAUCUUGGCAUUCCCGUGGCCAAUAUGCUACUGUCGAAAUUCUCUGUUGGUGAAACUCGCGUAGAAAUCAACGAAUCUGUUCGUGGCAAGGAUGUGUAUAUCAUUCAAUCUGGUGGAGGCAAGGUUAACGACCACUUGAUGGAACUCCUCGUCAUCAUCUCUGCUUGCAAAACAGCUUCCGCGAAGAGAGUUACGGCCGUCCUCCCUCUCUUUCCUUAUUCUCGCCAGAGCGAUAUCCCAUACAACAAGAUCGGUGCUCCUCUUGUUAAAUCAUCCGUCGCCAGAUCCGAUAAUUCUGCCAACUACACUUUCGAGAGCACGCCGCCCACCCCACAUGCUGGAAAAGCGGAAAGCAUUGGCCUAACAAGCGAUGGUUUACAGAAAGGCCUUGCCCAAGUACAAAUUGAACAACAUGAAAUGUCCGGCAGUGGAAGCCCUCAAAAGGCCCGGUUUGGUCAUUACGCAAAUGGUCAGCUGAAACGCAGCGACACCAUUGACACCACCAAGUCGGAUACGAGUAAUCGAAGUCGCACUGCAACUGCCGUGCCUGCUACCAACGGCACUGCGACCAACGAUGAUGUCAUGAGCGUGGCUUCAAAUUCUUCAAAAUUGAGUGCAUUCCACCCGCGUCCCGGAUACCGACAAUGGGUAGCGCAGGCCGGCACACUUGUGGCAGAUUUGCUCACAUGCGCUGGUGCGGACCAUAUUAUCACCAUGGAUUUACACGAUCCUCAGUAUCAGGGAUUCUUUGAUAUACCUGUUGAUAACCUCUACGGUCGACCGUUGCUCAAAAAAUACAUCACGGAGAAUAUCUCCAAUUACAGGGAAAGCAUUAUAGUCAGUCCCGAUGCCGGAGGAGCCAAGCGCGCGACUGCAAUCGCCGAUUCACUUGGCAUGGACUUUGCUUUGAUCCAUAAGGAACGUCGUCCAACGAAAAUCACAGAUCGUCAGAACGCAACCAUGAUGCUGGUGGGUGAUGUUAAAGGCCGGACUACCAUUUUGAUUGACGACCUUGCCGAUACGUCGAAUACUAUCACACGCGCCGCGAAGCUUCUCAAGAAGGAGGGAGCUUCGCGGGUGUAUGCUCUUGUCACACACGGCAUCCUCAGCGGGGACGCCAUUGAGCGAAUCAACGCCAGCGCUCUGGACAAGGUGGUCGUCACCAACACCGUGGCGCAGGACGUUCACAAAGUCCUCUGUCCUAAAUUGGAAGUCCUAGAGGUUGGUCAUGUUUUUGCUGAGGCUAUCCGUCGCGUCCACCACGGUGAAAGUAUCAGUGUGCUCUUCCAAUAUGACUGA